AUGCAGUACGGCGGCAACCAGCAGCAACGAAUUCUGAACAUGAUGAUGCAGGCUCGCCAGCAACAAGCAAGACUCCAGCAGCCAGGCCAGGCUUCUCUCUACUCCGGCUAUCCUCAUCCUCCUCAUGGUCUGGCUCCUCGGCAUGGUCUCCAUCAGCAGCAGCAGCAGCAAGCCCCCCAACCCACCUUUGUGACCUCUGUUACCGAAAACGACGUUCUAUUGGGCAGAGGCACUCCCUGUGCUGAAAAUGAAGGCAAUGUUCGGUUUCGUCGUCUGGUAAAGGAGCGUAAAGUCGAGUAUAUUGCGGCGGAAAAACGAAUGCGCAAAGAUGCCAUUGCCAGAGAAAUUCUGGAAGUCAUCGCCUCACGUGGAGGCAAGUUCUUACGAAAGUUGGAGAGCACGGCCGAAUUGGAACAACUGGGAGUUCCUCAUGGCUUUCAUUCCAAAGAAGUCUGGGCCAUUGUCGAUGAAGAUACCCAAGUCCAAAAGGUCAAACAGGCACUCCGAAACAAGGAUGAUGCCGCUGAACUCAUGCAGUUGGCGGCGGCUGCCAGUAAUAGUAACCAGGACAAAGACUCUUCCAAUGGCGGCAAGUAUCGGGAGCAAGAUGUGACCAAUCGCUUUCCACGGGGGGUCAAUGAUAAUGAGAGUAAUAUCCACAAGGCGGACUGUAAUCUUCAGUUCGGAACGGGUGUCCUGGAACGGAACGGCAGUGUGUCGUCUUCCGAAGAAAAGACAGCAGGAAGUCCCAAGCUCAAGGCGGAUGGAAAGGAUGCAGACAAGGUUCCGGGGAGUGCCAAGUCCUCAUCCAAGGUUGUUUUGGGAGGAAACAACUUGCCUCGUAUGUACGAUGCCAUGCUGCCUCCUGGCAUGGAGGCUGACAUUAUGGGUCCACGAAGCAGGCGAAGUAGUGUGGAUCCAACAGCGCUAGCCAGUCCCGCCAGUCGCAGAAGCCUUCUGGGCGGUUUGCCUCCGUCGUCGCGUCAACUAUGGGACAAGUCGCAGGCUGCCCCCACCGAAGCUGAAAUGAUUCGGCUGCAAGAAAUGCAACGCAUCCGCAUCAUGCGAGAACAGAACCUUAUGGAUGCGGCUGCAGUAGGAGUUUCUCCUGGAGUUGCAGCGUUUGGAGGAUUGGGGCCCGGCGGUCCAUUGGAUGCUGGUGUCUAUGGUUCUGCCGCUGAUCUGCAAAGAGCCCAGAUGAUGAAUGUCGAGUACCGGCAAAUGCAGCAGCAACAGAUGCAAAUGGCAGCAGCUGCUGCGGCUGCCAGGGAGCAAGCAGCCGUUGCAGCAUCUCUUUGUGGUCCAAGUACUCGUGCUCCAGGUGCUGGAUUGAUGGGAGCAACGCCCUCUCUGCAUCCAUCCGCGGCCAUGACAUCGCGUCAUUUUUCGGUCGAAACUCAACGACGUGCCUCUCUGGUCGAAGCUCUUGGCGCCGCCCCUUCCGACCUUGGUGAUCUUCCUCCACAAGCACAAGAAAAAGCCAGCACUCCUGGCGCCUCCAGCAAGGGCAAGCCCGGUGCCGAUUCGGCCGGAGAGCGAGCAAUUGGUAUUGCCAUGGCCAUGAAACGCGCUGAAGCCUUCUCGGCGGCUCAGUCCUUGGAAAUGUCUCACCUUGAAACCCUGAUCUUGUCCGUAUUGUGUUCCCAUGGGUUGCCAGUGUGGACUCCUGAAGCGCACACAAAGUCCUUUGUGGGCCUGCCCACUUUUGCCAAGCGAUUGGACUGGACUUGGUACGGUUUUGCCAGCGUCCUGAAGCAAAAAGCCAACAGCAGUGGCUGGAAGAACAACAGCAACCAACCAAUGGAAGCAAGAGAUAGACUUGCAACUGAGGCUGCUGUUGAGUACCAAAGAGACCCCAGGGAACUGGCAACCAAGACGAUUAUGCUGCUGGAAAAACUGCGACGGCAUGGGACGGCGGCGGCUGGUACAUCGCAGCGCAAGCAAUACAGUGGGCUCGGAAUGCACGUACCCCAGUGGCUGGACCGAGAACUGUCACGGUGGGCAAUGACCUUGGAUGUUGCUGAUCCGGUUGGACGGCCGGUCGCAUUCGCGACUGCGGACUUUGUAUUAGAACAUGCUGAAUACAAGGAAGAUCCUGCAGUCGUCGCGACCGCGGCAUUUGACCCUCAGUUGGCGGAUGAUGUCGUUGACCAAGUUGCUCUUUUGACUCGACUACGCUCUGUCUUUGUCAAGAGCAAGGGACAUGAAAUCAAGAGCAAGAUCCAGGGAGCCGCCCAGAAAGCGGAUUCAGCCGGUGAAACUUGGGAAGAUCAGCCCAAAGGAUGGGACGCCGCUGAUAUGGGCGGUUCCGCCGUACGAGAGAUCUUGCUUUGUGAUCGUCUUUUAUCCGAGGGCUUCACUGGAGUCCUCUCAUCGACCAGCGAUCUUGGCACAGAAUAUCAACUUGGCCCUGCUUUGCACAAAUGCCCUGCUUUUGAUUCCAUGGGCUUGACCAAAUCGUCCGUUCAACAACGAAUGAAUCAAGUCACCAAGGAGCUCCACGCGAUGGAGGAGUCAAGAGUCUCCAGAACCCUUCGUUUGGAUCGUAUGGAACGAUUAGCUCAAUCUGUCCUGUCAUCAAGUCGGGCAAAUUCUGGUGCUGAACCUUCAGGAGCCGUUGGAGCUUCCCUCCAAAUGCUCAGGAAUGCCGCUGGAGUGGCGAAGCGCAUGAGUACAACCGGGGACGUACAAGCCAGCAAGAAGCAAAAGCGCUGA